GUUUGAAAUGGGCUUUUGAGUCUUUCACAUUAUUUAUUUAAUUUUAAUUUUUUUUCAACCUUCUCUCGAGACAUAUCAAUCAGUCUCUCGCUCGCCGGAGUUUAGUCACUACACCAUCUCCGGUGUUGAUUCCAUCGAACAAUGAACUCUCCUGACGUCGAUGAGCAAUUAGAAGCCGACGUAUACAGUAACUUACCUUCCCGAAAUGAUUCAUCAACAGGGAGGAGAAAUCGAAGCUCGUGUAGAUCGAAACAUUCAGAAACAGAGCAACGAAGAAGAAGCAAAAUCAAUGAAAGAUUUCAGAGUUUAAUGGAUAUAAUACCUCAGAAUCAGAAUGAUCAGAAACGAGAUAAAGCUUCUUUCUUAUUGGAGGUUAUAGAGUAUAUUCACUUUUUACAAGAGAAAGUUCACAUGUAUGAAGGAUCUGAUCACCAAAUGUGGGAUCAAGGGCCAACCAAAUUGAUUCCAUGGAGAAAUAAUUAUGGGUCUGUUGUGGAGGUCAAUGACCAUCCUAAAAUCGGUAAGAGCUUUUCAAGUAAUGAUAACGUUGCGGCUACUUCCGGUUUGCUCUCGGAUAUGCAAAAUUACGCGGAUCCUGAUAUCGACUCAGCAGUUAAUACCAAGAUUCUUGAAGGCUGUCCUGUUUCAGCAGUUCCAUCGUAUCUACCAACCGAGCCUUCGCUGCAGUUUGUUCAGCAUGACUUUUGGCAACCAAAACCAGUCAAUUGCAAUACAGAUGAUUUGUUCAACUCAAACGAGGCUAUAUCACCCAGCUUGUCCACCGUCUGUUCACAAAGGGUACUACACACUUUAACUGAAGCACUUAAGUCAUCGGGUGUUAACAUGCCAGAGACCAUGAUAUCUGUGCAGUUAAGCCUUCGGAAAAGAGCAGAUCGCGAGUAUUCUUCUGCUGCUUUUGCUUCUGAGGAUAAUUGUAAUGGCAUCGCGGAUGAAGAAGGAGAUUCUCCUACUGAAACCAGAAGCUUCUGCAAUGAUAUAGAUCAUUCCCAGAAGAGAACAAGAAGAUAAAAGAUCUGUUUAUUUAUUUUCUUCUUUAUGACCACUGUUUGAUAAUUUUGUUCCUUUUGGUAAGUCAGGUUACAUUUUUCCAGGGUAUCAGUAGGUUUAGAUUGGUGUAUAUAAAUGCGACUCACUACUUUUAUCGAGCUGCAACUAUUCUCAUGAUAUAGUAAAGACUAAGUAGAAUGAUGUAGCAAGAUUCACGAAUCCAUAACAAGAGAUUGCUCCAUGUAAUGGUACUUUUCAAGUAUAUGGUCUAAUAGAAAUGUCACUUAUUGCCCUUCU